AUAUUAAACUAUUCUUUUAAUACUAACUUGAUAAAUUUGUUCAACAAAUUCAAUUUAUAGUUUCGAUCAUCUUUAAGCGAUAACGCCAUCGAUUAAGUAAAUAGUAUAUCGAUAUUAUUAAUAUCGAUGUCUCAAAGUGAUUCGUCUACAAACAAAAUUGUUUUUAUAUUUUGCAAUAAUAAAAAAGUGAAUAAUAACUAUUAAUCCACCAUGGUAGUAUCCAACUAUGAUGCGCUGCGUAAACAAGCGCGUCUACUGGAAAAUGAAAUUGACCUGAAAUUGGUGGCUUUUAGCAAAAUUGGAGCUGGUAGUAGUUCCACAUCUAUGGGUCAUAGUUCAAAUGCUGACACAUCACCGUUACUGGGUGAACAUGUUUUCGAUUCGCUCUCCGAGGAAAUUACCCAAAUGUUAGAUAAGCUUUCAUCUAUCAAUGAAACGAUGGCUGAACUUCCCACAACUGGUGCUGCUGCAAUGCAUACAUUACAACGUCAUCGAGAAAUAUUACAGGGCUACCGCCAGGAAUUUAAUAAAAUAUCUGCCAACCACACGACGCGCUUGGAAAGGGAGGAAUUACUGAGGGGGUCAGGUUUAUCUACUAAUAGUCCAUCAAUAUCGGGUUUAAGUAGACGUGAUAUGUAUUUGAAGGAAAGUGGUCAUAUAAAUAGUUCCAAUACCAUGAUAAACGAUCAGAUUAAUAUUGCAAUCGAGACAAGAGAACAUUUACUCUCGCAGCGCCAAGCUUUUAAGCGCAUUCAAACACGUUUAAAUGAUAUGUCAAAUAGGUUUCCAUUAAUUUCCAGUUUAAUUCAACGAAUUAAUAUCAAAAAGAAACGCGAUGCUUUAAUAUUGGGAGCAGUUAUUGGAUUUUGUGUUAUUUUAUUAUUAAUAUACGCCUUUAAUUAACGACUUACACUUUACUUUAUGUUCUAAACAAAAACAACUUUAACCAAAUUAUUAACUACUUUAUGUCUUAUAUUUUAGUACACGAUAAGACACUUUAAAACAAUAUUAAAAAAGAAAUUGAUUUAAGUAUAUGUAUAUCAAUGUAAUUUUGUGAUAAAACAAAGUUUGUAUAAAUAAAAAAAUAUAUCAAUUCAAA